ACCAUAUGAAAUGAAUUUGUUUUUCUUCAAUCUUAUCCUUGUAAUAAUGAAAUUUUGUACAUUCCUCAAAAGCCAAAACAAAUUUAGGAAAUGGUGCACCUAAUUUUAACGUAGGCAGCUCCACACCGGAUCAAACGGCGUCGAAGAAAAAUUUUGAAGUUAGGGCUUCAAAAGCUCCAAAAACCCUCCAUUUUUCUACUUCCACAGCAUAUGCUGUUUGCGUAAUGCUGAUGCUAUCUCCUGCAAACUGCUAGCUCGUGUGUGUGUGUGUACUGCGUGGUUCUCUGGUUUUACCAUGGCGAACGAUGCGGAUAUGAGCGGGUGGACGGAUCUUUUGCACUCCUCCUCGAAGCUUAUCGAGCAAGCCGCCCCUUCGGCUCAAUUCCCGCCGCUUCAGAGGAAUUUGGACCAGUUGGAGGCCCUGUCGAAGAAGCUUAAAGCGAAAACCCUGCGAACCGAAGCUCCUUCUCAAUCUAUUGCGGCUACUAGGCUAUUAGCACGAGAAGGGUUGAAUGCUGAACAACUUGCUCGCGAUCUCAAAUCCUUUGAAUUGAAGACGACGUUCGAAGAUGUUUUUCCUGCUGAAGCAACGACGGUCGAGGAGUAUCUUCAACAGGUUCAUGAAAUGACAAUGCUCUCAGCAGUGCAGGAAGCUCAGAAAGAUAAUAUUAGAAGUUUCAAUAAUUAUAUGAUGUCUGUGUUGGAGGAGGAUUGGCAUAAGGAAAAAAGGGAUUUUCUUCAGAGCAUGAGCCGAAUUUCAACACUACCUAGAACUAAUAUUCACGAUUCUACCAGUGGGGUGAGUCGCCAGGGUCAAAUUGUGCCAAGGACUUCCACUCUUGAGGUUUCAUCUGGUCCAUCUGGUAUGGAGUCUGCUCUUGUGGCUAAUAAACCUGUGAUUGAGAAGAAGGCGGCUGCAUACGCUGAAGUUGUGAAAAGUCUUAACAGUGCAAGACAGCAUGGCUAUGAGUUCAAACCAGCUGCUGCUUUCAGAAGCGCGUACGAAAGUUUGAAACUCGAUUCUUCUGGUACAAAAUCCGUUAGCAUGAUUAAAAUAUGGCACCUGAUUAUGUCAUUAAUGGGUGAGGACCCGAGUGUGAGUGCGCCACGGAAUAUCUCAAAAAGAAUGUCCUUAGUAAUGGGGGCCCGGCGUCAUCUGGAAUGGGGUCAUGAGAAGUAUGUGAUGGAUAUGAUUCAGAGUCAUCCUGCACAGGCUGCUCUUGGUGGGGCUGUUGGAAAUUUGCAGAGGAUACGUGCCUACCUCCGGAUGCGUUUAAGGGAUUAUGGAGUUCUUGAUUUUGAUGCAGGCGAUGUUCGCCGACAGCCUCCUAUAGAUACCACUUGGCAACAGAUAUAUUUUUGCCUGCGGACUGGAUACUAUGAUGAUGCUCUAGGAGUUGCCCGGACAUCUAGGGCCUCACAGCAAUACAGUACUCUGCUGUCUGAGUGGAUAACCACUGGAGGCAUGGUAUCAACCGAGACUUCAGCUGCCGCCUCAGAAGAAUGCGAGAAAAUACUCCGCAUGGUUGACCGGUUAGGCCGCCCUUCAUAUGACAAGAAAAAAGUACUCCUUCAUGCCAUUAUAUCCGGUUCCAGGAGGUUAAUAGACCGAUUACUCAGAGAAUUACCCACCAUCUUCAACACGAUCGAGGAUUUCCUAUGGUUCAUGCUGUCUGCCAUACGUGAGACCCCAAGUGGGCCCCCUUCCUCGGUUGUGCUCAGCGGCUCAUCCCCCUACACCUUGGAAGAUUUGCAGGCAUACCUAAAUAAAUUCGAGCCGUCAUAUUACACAAAAAACGGAAAGGACCCUUUGGUCUACCCUUACGUUUUGUUUCUAAGCAUUCAGCUGCUUCCAGCUGUUCUCCAUUUGUCAAAAGAUAUGGGAGACGACGGGUAUGGUGUAGAUUCCGUGCAUAUAGCCAUUGUAUUGGCUGACUAUGGAGUCCUUCCGGAAGGUUCUGGGCCAGAACUAAAGCUGGGGACAAUGGAUGCUUUGGCCGAGGCUUCCAGCAUAAUCAGGCAGUAUGGGGCAGCUUAUUUACGGCAUGGGGACUUGUUAAUGGCGCUCGAGUACUAUGUGCAGGCAGCAGCUGCUGCUGGUGGAGGGCUGCUCUCAUGGAUCGGGAGAGGUAGUGUGGAUCAGCAGAGGAGGAGGACUUUGAUGCUGAAACAGCUUCUCACGGAGAUUGUGUUGCGUGACGAUGGCAUUUACCUCUUGUUAGGGUCGAGGGGAACUGGGGAAGAGGGGCAGUUGGCGAAAUUUUUGACUGAUUGGAAGACGAGGCAUCAGUUUCUAGUCGAAGCUGCUCGGCAUUGUCAGGAUGCGGGUUUGUAUGAUAAGGUAUCUCUCUCUUGUAGCCUUUCGGACUCGUGUUUUACAUUUGUUAUACGAAGGAGUUGCUCUUGGAAUAUAUGUUAUCAUGCUUCAUAUGAUGAUUUUGCUUGUGCCAAGGACAAGUUUCUCAAUGACUUCUGGUGAAGACUUUGGAACUUAUGUUGUCCGCAGAUUGUUUCUUUUUAAUUGUGUUCAAUUUUUUUCUCAGAAUUAUUGAUCUUAAUUUGAUUUCUGCAUUGACAAACUCUACCAACUAUUCUCUUUUAACGAGCCCUCUCCCUCUAUAUUUUUGCGGAAGUUUCUUUCAGAUAUUCAGAAUAUACAAUUGAUAUGCAUUGACCCGUUUGUAAUGUUUGCAUGACCUUACCCCAAAUGAAGUCCAUAGAAAUUCAGAAAAGAAUUGGGGCCUUUUCGGCUGCACUGGACACGAUAAACAAGUGUUUGUCUGAAGCAAUUUGUUCACUGUCACGAGGUAGGCUUGAUGGAGAAACCAGGAUUGCUGGCCUUAUACACUCCGGAAAUGAGAUCUUAGAGACAUUCAAAUACUAUCCUGAAAUCAGUCCUCAAGAGAGAGCAAAUGUGAUGGAGCAACAAACUGUGCUGAGGCAGCUCGAGGCAAUCUUAGCCAUCCAUAGACUCGCUACUUCCGGAAGCCAAUUGGAUGCACUGCGGGAGAUUGCUAGACUACCAUUCCUUCCGCUGGACCCUCGUUCACCGGAUAUAACCACUACAGAUGUGUUCAAUAAUUUAUCGCCACACGUCGAGUCGUGUGUCCCGAGCCUUCUCAAGGAUGCGCUUCAGUGCUUGGAUAACGUCACUGACACAGAUGGGUCUCUGCGGGCCCUGAGAGCAAAGAUUGCGAACUUCCUCGCCAACAACUUAAACAGGAACUGGCCGCGUGAUUUGUACGAGAAGGUUGCUCGAAGCUUGUGACCCUCGUUAGAGUUUUUUGUACCCAAGAUCAUGAGGAUUGUUGCUUAUUUAACUAUUUUGCCAGAAAACCACCCGUGUUUAAAAGGGUACUGUUGCAGAUGACAAUGUACUAUUUUUUUUUUUUUUUUUUUUUU